UCUGAACCUGGGCCUGAAACAAUGUCCUCCACCGAAAGAAACGUAAAGGACACUUGAUCACACAAGCCUUGGAAUUUUUUCCAGGAAAUACUUGCAGAAACCAUUCAGAACACCUUCCCUGGCAGUGCACAGGGAGACGGCCAGGAGAUGAGCUCGGCUUUGAAUUACAAAUCUUUUUCCAAAGAGCAGCAGACCAUGGAUAACUUGGAGAAACAACUUAUCUGUCCCAUCUGCUUAGAGAUGUUCACGAAACCCGUGGUCAUUCUCCCCUGUCAGCAUAACCUGUGUAGGAAAUGUGCCAGUGAUAUUUUCCAGGCCUCUAACCCGUAUUUACCCACAAGAGGAGGCACCACCAUGGCAUCGGGGGGCCGAUUCCGCUGCCCAUCCUGUAGACAUGAAGUGGUUUUGGACAGACAUGGGAUAUAUGGACUUCAGAGGAACCUGCUGGUGGAAAAUAUCAUUGACAUCUACAAGCAGGAGUCCACCAGGAAUCCAUUCAAGAUACUGAUACUGAAAGGGGAAGAAGAAGGAGAAGAAGAAGGAGAAGGAGGAGGAGGAGCAGAAGGAGAAUUGGGGGGAGAAGUAGUAGAAGUGGAAGACGUAGAAAAUGUUCGAAUGGAGUCAUCAGGAGAAGAUGAAAGUUUGGAGAAAGCCUCGGAACCCGCUCAGCUGGCCCCUGAGAUCCGGCCUGCCCCGGGGCCACCUCUGCCUUCCUCUCCAGAGCCACCUCCAGCUGCUGUAGAUGCCCCAGUGACACAGGGGGAGGUUGUCCCCACUGGCUCUCAGCAGACCACAGAGUCUGAAACUCCAGUCCCUGCAGCAACGGACACUGCGGAUCCUUUGUUUUACCCUAGUUGGUAUAAAGGCCAAACCCGGAAAGCCACCGCCAGCCCACCUUUCACCUCAGGGAGCGAAGGUCUGGGGCGAGUAGGGCCUCCGGGUUCUGAGAAUUCCAGUGUGCAGAAGGCAGAAGUGGCAGAAGCUGCAGCCAGUGAGAGGGCGGCAGUGAGUGGUAAGGAAACUAGUUCACCUGCAGCUACUUCUCAGAUUGGAUUUGAGGAUCCUCCCCUCCAGGGACAGGCUGCAGCUUCAGGGAGUCAGAAUGGAGCUGAUUCUGAGCCAGCUCGCCAUGUCUUCUCCUUUUCCUGGUUGAACUCCCUGAAUGAAUGAUGUUCAUUCCAAUGCUGCCCAUUUGUCUGCCUGGCUGAGAUGCACACAGGCAGCUGGGAACCUAGAUGAAAUUAAUAUGAUGCAGGUGAUGAAAGGGACCUCUGAAAAGGAUUUCUGCAAAACAAACAAAAAAAACAAACCCUUUAAUUCUGCAUAACUCUAAUCCCACAUUGAGGAAAAACAAUAUUUUGAGAAAGAGUUGCAGAAAGCACUGGAAAAAAGGAACUUAAUCUUACACAAAUCUUUUAUUGUGUAGGAAACAUUAUGAAAGGUGUGUAGGUGUGGUACAUGUGGGUGUGUCAGUAACAAGUGGCAAGGGUUGAAAAAAGUGGGCACUACACUUUUGUCUCUAAUAAGCACUGGCUUGUGUUAUUUUAUCAUAGCAGCUCAUAUCCUCUUUCCUCUUUAACAAUGCAGGGGUCAGUGAAAUUCAAUGUUAAUUCAGAAGUGACUGAUUUAUCAAUAAAUGGACAAAAGGUAAAUCAUUGACCAAAAGGAUGGAAUAUUUCACAAAGUUUUUCUUUUCCACUAUAGAUGUCACUAGGUGUAUACUCAGAAACGUUCUCUGACUCUGGUGACACUGUCACAGCCCAAUGGGCUGAAAGCCCUAGGACAUUUCUUGUGACAUUUUUCUAAUACUAGUUUUAGAUAUGCAGAUAUCAGACAUUUUAAUUGAAAAAGACUUUCCAUUAGUAACUGUCUACUUUCUCUUGUAUUCACUGAGGCACCAAUUUGGUGAACUGUAGAACAACUGCAUGUAUUUAAAUAUAUAUGCACACACAAUACACAUUUAAAAUAUGUAUAUAUAUUUAAAUCAUGGUUUUUUUUUGUUCCACCAUAAUGCCUCCUUCAGAAUGUAACUUUACUCUGUAUGAACUCUUAAAUAAAUGGCAUUUCUAA